AUGGGAUCAACCUCUAGCUGCUUUAAACAUUAACAAGUCAAUUAAAACGAAUUUUAGAUUCCUACGAUUGUAAAGUAAUAACUCAUUCAAUAUUGUCCAACCAAAUAAAAUUUUCUGAUUUAGCCAUUAUAUGGUUUAGGUGAAAAGUCAGAAUCCCUAGAAGAGCUGGAAGCAAUUCUUUAAUAAUCUUAUGCCAACUAUAGUUUCGAUUAAACUGCAACAUUCCAUAGCAAUAGUAAUUUUAGAGGUUCUUAAAAAGGAAAACAACCCCAUUCAAUAGCUUUACUUCCUAAUUAAUAAGAACCUCAAUGUAAAUAAAGUGGUAACAAUAUAAACAAUUAAAAUCAAAUCCAAUGUCUACACUCAACAGCAGAAGACCACCACCCAUAAGAUAAGAAUGAAGGGAAAAUAAACUCUUCAGCUUAAAAAAGAAAAUCAUUCAGCAGAAGCUUGAGUAACUUCAAGCAAUAAAAAAUUGAAUGGAAGGAUGAUUGUUCUUCAAACUAGAAAGAUUCAGAUUAGAAUACUAUUAAAAGCAUUUUAAAGAAGAAAUCAGCAAACAGAAAUUUAAAAUAAUCACUAUACAAAAGAGGAUAGAGUUUAAAGUAAAAAUCAAAUUUUGUUGAAGUGGAUGACACCGAAUCUCAAAAUACAAGUAAGAUGUAAAAGAAAAAAGUAAAAUUUGAUCCAAAAAUCUUUAGAUAAAAAAAUACUCAUUUUUUUUAAUGA